UAUGGUUUUAUUUUGUGUGUGUGUCUGUUGAUUUUGUUGUGAUACAAUUAUUUUGGUUAGAUAUAAAUAUGAUCAGAAGCAUUCAAGGCAGUCAUUAUUGAAUUGAGUGAUCUCUGGUUCAGGCAAAUAAGUCUUUUCCGCUAUGAUGAAAUUGUUCUUAGUCCUUGUUGCUGUUGUUGGCUUGGUAGCAGCAGAUGUUUCGCAUUUGCCUAAGAAAUAUCUUCCACCAGGUCAGGAUGUUCACUAUCAUCACGAACAUGAACAUGAUCAUCACCAUGAACAUGAUCAUCAUCACGAACAUGAUCAUCAUCAUGAGCAUGAUCAUCACCAUGAACAUGAACAUGCCCAUGAUGUGAGCCCAUUGCCGGAAUACAUUUCGCCUGCUCAACCAGGACCUAAGUAUAUUCCACCGGCUCCUCCUGCACCUAAGUACCUUCCACCUGCACAACCAGCGCCAACUUACCUUCCACCUGCGCAACCAGCACAAAGUUAUAUUCCUCCCGCACCUCCAGCACCACAGUACAUUCCACCAGCAAAACCAGCUCCAACUUAUAUUCCUCCCGCACCCCCUGCUCCACAGUACAUUCCACCUGCUGCCCCACAACAUAUUCCAGUAGCUGCUCCAGCACCAAGUUACAUUCCACCAGCACCUCAAUACAGUCCUCCUGCAGCACCAGCAUUAAGUUACAUUCCACCAGCUUCACCAGCGCCCAGAUACAUUCCACCGGCUCCACCAGCACCAAAAUACAUUCCACCUGCCCAACCAAGUUACAUUGCUCCUGAGCCACCAGUACAUCAUGUAAUCCCAGAAGCACCAGCUCCAAAGUACCUUCCACCAGCACCAGUUGUCCACCAUAGUGCUCCACAAGUGGCAUCAUAUGUCCCACCACCAGCACCAGAAUAUGUGCAAUAUCAGGAACAGGCACCCGAGGCUGUUCAUGAAGAAGGAUACAGAUACAAGACUGUAAGGAAGCUUAAGUUCAAGCACCGUGCUUAAAAAAUAUUUUGUUUAAGAAUUGUUUGUGAAGUUAGUAGUAGAUGUUAAAUAAAGUAAUUGUUAUUGUAAUUUUAAUCAA